AUGACACCCGCCCCACCCGAUGCCGCCGUGUCACGAGCGCCGUCGUCGCAACCCGGUUGGAAUGCUCCCAACAGCGCCUUGUACCACCAUCCAAGCCCGCGGGUCGUCCGAAUACGGCGGGCUGAGAGGACAUAUCAAAACAUUACUUCCUCUUCGAUCCCGCGGAAGGGAAGGGUUUCUGGACCAUGGACGUCGAUGCAGAACUGGGUUGUUUUCGUGCUGUUGAGCUUGCUGCUCUGUUGUGAGGGUGUCGAGGCAGGGAGUGGGCAUGGGCAUGGACGGAGGGCGAGGGAGUUGGUGUUUGAUCGGAGGCAGCCGCCGCCGGUGAAGGCGAGGUUGGAGGUGAGGAGGAAGGAUGCUGCGAGGCAUGGAUCGUCGAAGUCGGAAGACAGUCAGCUUUUGGUUGACGAUCAGAUCGAUCAGGCCGACCUGCCGCAUCCAUUCGACACGAGUCUGGGAAACAACUUCACUACGACGAGCUGUCCGGCUUUCUUCAACGACUUCCUCAACAACGCGACGUUCCAGGAAUGCCUACCCUUCUCCCUCCUCCUGCAGACCUCCAACUCCUUCUUCACCACCACCCGCUCCCUCCCCGACCUCACCACCACCCUCACCGCCACCUGCUCCGUCCCCUUCCGCGCCUGCGCCUCCCUCAUGUCCUCCCUCGCAACCCAAAUCCAAUCCCCCUCCACCUGCGGGCCCGACCUCAGCCUCCAAAACCCCACCGUCACACAAGCCUACAACGGCUUCCUCGCCUAUACCCCCCUCUACCACGCCGGGUGCCUCACGGACCCUACCCUCCGCACCCCGGAGAACGAAAAAGGAUACUGCUUCGCUUCCGCCGUGACCAACGCCAGCGCGCCGACGAGCAGUUAUAUCUACUACCUCCCCCUCGGCGUCGCGCUGCCGGGCGGCACGCAGCCGAGCUGCGAUAGGUGUUUGCGGCGGACUAUGGGCGUGUUCGCGGACUAUGCCGGCGAUGGCGGACAGCCUUUGAGCGGGGUUUAUGCGGCGGCGGCGCAGCAGGUGGAUAUGGUUUGUGGGCCGACGUUUGUCGAGGCGAAUGUGGUUGUCUCGAAUGGGGGUGCUUCCUCUAGAAGGCUAGGGGGGUGGUUGGGUGUGCUGGCUGCGGCGGGGGUCGGGGUUUGGGUUGGAUUGUGA